AUGCAUUUCUCCAACAUUAUUGCAAGCUUCAGCAUUUUGGCAGCUACAGUGGCAGCUGUGCCACUGAAUGUACCAAGCCCCAAAGGGCAUUCGACCUACUUGUCGAACCUGCGACGAACGCCCACUAGCGUGCAGACUGCCACUGGCGCCAAAACCGUGGUUUACUGGGGUCAGAACGGCGGAGGAACCAUCGAAAACAAUGACCUUGCCGCGUACUGCAACUCUACAUCCGGGAUUGAUAUCCUUGCUUUGGCGUUCCUGUACGAAUAUGGAAAUGGGAAUGAAAUCGCAUCAGGCACGAUCGGCCAGUCUUGCUUCAUCGCCCAGAGCGGAGAGGGGCAAGACUGCGAUGCACUUGCAUCUGCCAUCCAAACCUGCCAGGCCAAUGGAGUUGAAAUUGUCCUGUCUCUGGGCGGUGCAGUAGGCGCCUACAGCCUUUCAUCCCAACAAGAGGCGGAAACCAUCGGCCAGAACCUCUGGAAUGCAUACGCCAACCCCAAAGCCUCGACCAACAGCAGUGUGCCACGCCCUUUUGGAGACACCUUUGUGAACGGCUGGGACUUUGAUAUUGAGGCCAGCAGCGGGAACCAGUACUACCAGUACUUGAUUGCGAAGCUCCGCUCGAACUUUGCGUCGGACUCUUCCAACACCUACUAUAUUACCGGCGCGCCUCAAUGCCCCAUCCCGGAACCUAACAUGCAGGCCAUUAUCACCACUUCAAAGUUCGACUAUCUCUGGGUCCAGUUCUACAACAACCCCGGAUGUUCCACCAACACGGGAACCAACUACCCAGACUGGGUUGCCAACGUUGCCGGCACUCCAUCUGCCGACGCCAAAAUCUUCCUUGGGGUGCCCGCCUCACCACUCGGGGCGACUGGUACCUCCAGCGGGGCUCAAUAUUACUUGCCGCCCAGUGGCCUCGCUUCUCUCGUUGGCAACUUCUCAAGCAACCCUGCUUUCGGCGGCGUCAUGAUGUGGUCAGCUGGGUUCUCUGAUGCCAACGUCAACAACGGGUGCACCUAUGCUCAAGAAUCCCACAAGAUCUUGACCACCGGCUCACCUUGCUAA